GCGACACUUCAUACAAAUUCGCAACCAAUUCGCCUAUCGUUCAAAAACAUCGAUUCCUUCAUAAAAGAAGGCAUUCGGAAAUCACCGCAAAUGACAUUGGAUUGCGUGCCAUCAGUGCCACGAAAGGCUGUGCGCCGUAUAUUCACCAAUAGUAGAGAGCGCUGGAGGCAACAGAACGUGAACGGGGCCUUCGCCGACCUCAGACGCCUUGUGCCCACUUAUCCACCCGAUAAAAAGCUC